AUGGUAAGUUGGAUCCCACUGAUGACAGAAGUCUAUCUUUCUUUUCUAAAUAUAAACACAUGCAAGAGAUUGGUGAGCAUUGAUAACACUCUUUUCUCUCUAGGUCUCUUAUUCACCUAAAAAGAAAAACUUUUCAUUUGCCAGAAAGAAAAAGAAAGCUGAGAACAAUAUUAGACACCACUCCGAAUAUUCCGUUGGAAAGCUUCAGAUGCAGGUUUGUGUUUGGGUUUUUAGCAUGUAAAGGAGGGACUGGACAUGUUGAAAAUAAAUAAAAAAAAAUAGAAUGUGCAUAAUUACAAACUGUGUCAGACAAAGUAGUUUGCCAAGUGAUUUAUUUAUUAUUAUUUUUGGCAUUUCUUCUUUAAAAUCAGUGUAACAAGACAUUUUUGGAUCAUAUUGACUAUGUAAAAAUAAAACAAAUAAUAUCAAAUCACCUGACCCUUUUAUCUGUUCCAUAUUGAUGAAUAAAGUCGUUUGAUCAUUUUGAUCACUUUUCAGUCCCCUCAUUUCUGUUAAAGACAGGCUAUAUACCCCCAGUUAAGCUUUCUGUGCUAUAAAUAUCUGCAUGUACCUCGUAAGACUGCCAGCUGGUGAUGGCACACUUUUUAUAUUGAUUCCAUAUAGGUGGAUGAUCUUAUAGAAACACUUGCAGAUAAGACAACAAAACUCUUGGAACAGAGACAUGAGGAGCUUCGACAGUGUGAAUACCUGGGAAAUGAAAUCCUCCAGUCAGCAAAACAAUUUCAAAGAGUCUCUAAGAAGAAGACAAGGAAAUACAAAUUUAAAAAUAUUUGUUUUCCUUGCAUUUGCUGUUGCUAAUAGGUACAGUGUGAAAAUUGUUUACGGCCAUCUAUGGAACUAUUGAUCUUGCCUAUGCAAUCUCACUACUCCGUUGCAAUUUUGUAGUUAAAUCAUUUUAUUUAUUCGGCCCUAGUCACACCUCCCUUGGCUGUGACUCGCACAGCCUCCAUAACAAAAAUCAUGUUCAAACUGAUCUUACAGCACAAUGUGUUUACUUUAGAAGUUACUCUGUUCUUUUUUGAUAAUUGAACUUUAUUGAUCUCCAUAAAAAGAGUAUGAUACGGAAAAAAAGGGAUUGGAAAUUAUAUAUAAUAAGGGAGUCACCUCAUGUUGGUCUAUUACAAACAUAGCAACUCACAAAGGAACACCGUCAACAUUAUAUCAAUUAAAUCCAAGUUCUCUGUACUAAUAGCAACCUGGACAUGUAUACCAGACCUCCAUAACUUUCUUCAGUAUAUUCCAUGUCUCUGCUUAUUGAACUGUCACAAUCUAAUCCCUCAACUCUCCCAUUGGGCAUCUCUUUUAAGCUGCUGCUAUUGUAGCACCUGAUCUCCAUGCACUCCACAACGACCACUUUUCAUGAAAAGUUUUGUCGGUGUGUAUAUGUGCAUUGGGUCUCAUGUAUAUUCUGGAUGUCGCCUAAUUUAGCUUAGACACCAUGGGUUGGUUCAGGGAUAUCCACACCUUUGUUAUGUGUUGUUGCACUGUUACUAUAAAGUGUAGUAUUAAUUUUAUAGACGCUUUUGGAUACUCCGAUACAGGAGGUAUGCUUUAGGUGUAAAGGUAUAUGUAAUACCGGUCACCUCAAUAUUUAAGAGCCUCCCAAAUGGGUCCAACAUUAGAACAAUUCCACCAGAUGUGAAUCAUGGAACACUCCUUUAGACACAGUGAAGAAAAUGUUCGUAAUCUGAUAGUCACCAUAUACCAUCUAUAUAGUGUUUUCAUAUGCUAUUCCACCAAUGCUGUGGAUCGUCCUGUAAGUAUUCUUGCCCGUUGUACUGGUGAAAUUUCAAUUCGCAAGUUUGAUUCUCAGCUGUGGGCUUUGUGUGACUGGGAAAAAGGCAGGUGUGUGGCCAUUAGUUUGUAGCACAUGGAGAUGGGUUUGCAUCCUGGCAGCAGUUUUCCGUUGAUACACGUCUGUUCAAUAGGCAAAUUGUGUGUGUCCCCCCCAAUACCCUUGUCUUUUUAAUCCUAUAAUCAAAUAUUUAAGUUGCAAAUAAGAAUAUAGAGAGCUUUGAGGGAGGUCUAGUUGUGUUUGCAAGAUAGUAAAAUCCAACAGGGAAUAACCUUUUGCAAUGUGAUAUAUAAAUGUGGACUCUGGGUUAACCCAUUAUCUUGUGGUUAAAGGUAAGUAAGCGGUAUGUUAACGCUGAAAUCAGUGUGGAUAAAGAUGCAUUCUUGCAAGAAACAUAAUAUUCAGUUAUAUAAUUUUUCAACUGUGGGGUGAUAUCUUCUUGAUCCAGGGAUGGGUCUGGUUGCCAUUCUAGAGGGAAUUUUUUUCCUGGUUUGUUGCAAAAUUGAGGUGCUUCAGGCUGGGUUUUUUUGCCUUCUUUUAGAUCAACGGCAAAAAGCAAAUGGGAGGAAAGCUGAACUUGAUUGACACAUGUCUCUUUUCAGCCUAUGUAACUAUGUAACAUUGGAGCAAAUUAAAGAUUAAUAUUUCUCCCAUAUAUUCAAAGUUAGUAUGAUUAAUCGGGAAGCCCCAGAUAAUUUGGGUAUUGGCUUGGAAGCCAUAGAAGUUGAGAAAUCAAAUGUGAAUGUGUAAGAUCAUUUUUCGUAGUUACCCAUUGGGGUUUCUCUGCUCAUAAAAAAUGGGGGGAAUACCGAGGCUACAAUGGCAGCAUUAAAAUAGAUUUGUAAAUUAGGUACUCCAAAGCACCCUGUUUAGACUGGCGUUUGUAAAAUCCACAAAGCAGUUCUUGGCCCACGCAAACUUUACCAGUUCUGAGGCGAUUUCUUUAUUUGCACUUAGCUUUGCGCUCCCUUGUUCUAUCCGCAUGCCAUUCAGGAUUCAAUCUAAUUGCUUGUAAGAUGGGUUCUAAAGUCAUCAUGUACAGAAGGGGUGAAAGCAGGCAUCCCUACCUUGUUCCAUUAAUAAGGGGGGAAAAACGAGAGACAAAACAUGCUUGUAAAACCUGUGCUUUUGGUGCAGAAUACCAUGCAAAUAUAACUGUAAUAAAGUUAAUUGUGAACACAAAUUUCUUCAACACUGCUCUCAGCAAACUGAGAGCCAGAACGGGCCAUCAUGCCAUCAUGUCCAGAAGGGGUGAAAGCAGGCAUCCCUACCUUGUUCCAUUAAUAAGGGGAAAAAACCGAGAGACAAUACACGCUUGCAAAAUCUGUGCUUUUGGUGCAGAAUACCAUGCAAAUAUAACUGUAAUAAAGUUAAUUGUGAACACAAAUUUCUUCAACACUGCUCUCAGGAAACUGAGAGCCAGAACAGGCCAUCAUGCCAUCAUGUCCAGAAGGGGUGAAAGCAAGCAUCCCUACCUUGUUCCAUUAAUAAGGGGAAAAAACCGAGAGACAAAACACGCUUGUAAAAUCUGUGCUUUUGGUGCAGAAUACUAUGCAAAUAUAACUGUAAUAAAGUUAAUUGUGAACACAAAUUUCUUCAACACUGAUCUCAGGAAUCUCCAGCUCAGGCAGUUAGAUGCCUUCUCUGCAUCUAAUGCCAAGAGAAGACUGCCUACGCCAGAAAUCUCAAGUUGCCAAACCAUGUGUUGUCUGCUCCCUGCUGACCAUUGACCAUUAAUUGAGGAAGCAAUGACUGUAAUAUUUUUGCCAAGAGAUUGGCAUAUAUUUUCGUGUCAAUAUUCAACAACUAUAUAGGGCGAAUUCUUUGGCAUAAAGUAGGAGAUUUGUCUAGUUUUGGCAAGGUAAAAACUAAGAGCAUCUCCGAUGGCAGAGUACCCGAUACUCCUGUCUUCUGAAAAAAAUUAAAGAUGUAUGGAGUUAGGACUGUGGCAAAACUUUUUAUAAUAUAAUGCUGAAAAACCAUCUGGUCUGUGUGAUUUUCCAGAGGGGAAAUCACAACUAGUUCACUCGAGGGAGAAAGGUCUUGUCAGGCCCUCAAUUUGUUGUGAGUUUAAUUGUGGUAAAUCUUACCUAGUAGGGAUAUUCCCAGGUCCUUACAUAAUUUGUAUAACUUAGCAUAAAAUUUAGAAUAGGUUGAGCCUAUAGCUUGGGACUCCAUACAGCUCUUCCCUUCUUGAUCAUCUAGGUGUACUAUGCAAGAUUGGACCUGUCUAGCUUUUAGUAUCUAAUAGUUUACCUGCCUUACCGCUAGUGCUCUGACUUUUAAUCUUUGCAAAUAAUGAUCUGUUUUUACUGCAUUUGUAGCCAGCAUACAUUUACGAAGCUUUGCCAGCUUUAUUCUGUGAUAAUAUUCUUAGAGUUCCUUUUGAGAUUUUCAUUUUAGAUAGGAUUGCUUCUUGGAUAAAUCUCCCUAUAACAACUGACCACAGAGUCUCCUCAUUGAUGUUGCCCAUCUUAUUAAGAGAAAAAUACUAAGUCAAAGUGGAGUCAUUAAACUGGAAGUCCAUAAGAAAUUUGUCAUUUAAUCUCUGUCCCCGAAAUUGGAACGAGUCUCAAAGUUCCAAUAUCACUGGGCUAUGGUCAGACCACACUAUCGUACCUGUGCUACAGUUCAUGAGUUGGGCUAAGGCUGUAUUGUCGACAAAGAAAGUAUCAACUCUAAUAAAUGUGUCAUGAAUAUGGGAUUAGUAUGUGUAGUCUCUCUCUAACGGGUGACGUAUUCUCCAGCCCAUAUAAAUCUAAUAAUUUAACUAUGCUUACUUGAUAUGUAAUUGGCAUUUUCUCUGCCCUUAUGAGAGGUAGAUGUAUUGAGGGUUGGGGAUUGGACAAAAUGAAAGUCUUCGCACAUUAUAAGCCCCCCAUUUUGUGCUAAUGCACUUUGGCUAGAAAAGAGCUAAGGGCAGUUAUUUCACCAGAGUUUGGAAUGUGCACAGAAACUAGUGUGUUCUGAAUAUUGUUAAAGAGACUUAUCAAGAUUAUUUAUCUACCCUGACUGUCAGUUAUUUUCCUCUGAAGUUGGAAUAUUAUAUCUUUAUGCAUACAUAUCAACAUGUCCCUAGACAUAGACCGAAAGAUAGAGUGAUAUUGGGUGGGAUAAUGUUUAGUAAACAUACAGGGAUUUUGCGGACCUUUGAAAUGUUUUUUUUUGUAUACAGGCUAUGUCUACUUGUUGAUGCCUGAUAUUGUGCAGAAGAGAUCUCGUUUUCUCCGGGGUGUUCAACCACUUGACAUUAAAUGGAAAAAUGUAAAAAAAAAUUUAGGUUGUAAAACAACCCUUAUCGUACAUAAUGCAAAGAGUGCGAAUAAUCUGUAAGGCGAAUAGAUUUGUAUAUGUUGUGGACACCAGCGUUAAACCAAGUACCCCGAUUCCAGCAAACAAAGCAUAAGUAAACUGCAACAAAAUGAUAUACAACAUGAUAUAUAUCCACAACUCCUCAGACAGCGAGAGUUCCACUUUAAGACUGCUAAUGCUGGCUCUAUUAAAUGGCAGAAAUAUGUCUCUCCUGUAAAUAUCAGAACACAUAGGUCAACUUCAAAUGGAGCAACCAUCACAAAUGUAUUUUCACAAAAAACAGCAUUAUUUAUCGAUGUAUUUAUUUGAAAUUGCGUUACUGGCCGUGAAGGGGUUAAAGAAGAAAAAAAAUUCUCAUUAAAAAGUAGCUCCUGCGCAUGGAAGAUGGC